ACAAUGAAAAUGGACGCGGGAAUGGAUGGUUGUUGUUGACAUUUUUGUUUUAUUUUAUGAAAUUAAUUAGAAAAUACUUUACCCUCUACGACAGAAAGUGUAUGCCUUCGAACUUUUUUUGCAAAUGUAUGAACUUAACGUUGCAAUGUAGGUUUUGGCGGAAACGUUAUAUACAUAUAUGCAACUCACUUUUCUUUAGGAGUUUAGCACAACAACUUCGGCCCAGAUGUUGCUUGUUGGACGGGUUUAGCAGAUCAUUUGCGAUGAAACGCGUUAUCAGAGGCUAAACAUGAGACCAAAUUAACAUAACAAAGAGUAAAUUCUGGCAAACCAGGCUACGGGAACAUUGACACAGCAAGUAUUGGUGCAAAGAUACACAUGUAGAUGUCACCUUUGACAUGAAUAAAAGUUGGGAUGAGUUCCUCAGCGUUUUCCAACAAUGUGGACAAAUUGUGUGGCUUAGUAAGAAAGCUAGAGACAGCUGCCGACCAACCAAGAAGCAGAGCUGAUAAAGAAAAGUCCUGUGCAUGUCUGAAAGAAGCAAUAGGAAGCAUUCAAGAUGCCUUGAACAUAUUAAAGUGUAAGGAUGUGGAUGGGAAAAAUUAUGAAGAUAUUGUAACCUGGAAAGCUGAAAACACUGGUAUUGUUGGUGCUUUGUCAGACAGGGGACUAUUGGAGGUAGCUACAAAACUUGGCCAUGACUGGAAAUUUUUGGCAACUCAGCUUGGCCUGAAGCAGUAUGAGUUGGAACAGAUUGAGCGAGACCACCCAUGUCAGGCUGUCCAGCAGAACAAAAUGGCCCUGGUCAGGUGGCGGCAAAAGCAGGUCUCAAAAAAUAGGUCACAGUCCACCAUUCUCAAUAUCCUUAAAAAGAAGUUGCAAUCCAUCAAGCGUCAAGAUAUUGUCGAUUCCUUUGAUGGAAUGACCUAUUCCUCUCAAGAUACAACUAUAGAUGAACUAUAUGAGGAGAAAGAGGACAACAAUGGAAAUCUGAAUACUUCUGUUGAUAAGGAGAUGGACAUUAAAGUCAUUGUCGUGGACACUCCAUGUCAAUCUUACGAGAAAGAUGAAAGUUUGAACCAGAAUGCUGGUGAUCAAAGCCUGGAUUUGUUAGAUACCCCUGUUGAGAAAAGGGAGUAUUCUUAUGUAAAUGCCAGGGAUGGAGAAAGACCAGACAUGGAGGAAGAAGAGGCUGGUGAUCAAAGCCUGGAUUUGUUAGAUAUUCCUGUCGUGAAAAACGAGAAUUUUCAUGGAAAUGCUACAGAUGGAGGAGGACCAGACAUGGAUGAUGAGGACGCUAGCAAUCAAAGCAUGGAUCUAUUAGAAACUCCAUUUAUCAUUAAAUCAGAAAAUAAAUGUGAUGGUGGGAAUAUCAGUGCUAGUAGUGAUAAGACUGACGAUGUUACUACUGUCCUGGAUAAUCAAGCUAAAGAGAAUCAGGAAGGCUGGGACUCGGAUGGACUCGAUGAUCUGGAGAAUUUUGAUGAGUUCACAUUUGAAGUUAAUACGAAAUCUACGACUGAAGUAGACUCCAAUAGUAAACAGAGUCUACCAGUGGAAAAGGCAACAGGAACAAAGGUCAAGGAUGAAUUUGAUGAUUUCAGUGAUGAAGAACUGAAUGAUGACAUGUUGACGGAGUUAGAGGAGGCAGAAAAAAGCUUGGUCCAUGAGAAUUCAGGAAGUGACUUGAGUGGUCAAGCUGACCAAAUUGAGGAAGAUACAGAGGAGGAUGAUUCUGAAAAUCAACCAGCAGAUAAGAAAUAUCUGACGACCUUGAAGCAGUACUUUGGGUAUUCUAAAUUCAGACCAAUGCAGUGGAAGAUAAUUAAUUCCGUCCUCAAUGAUCGCCGUGACACUUGUGUAAUCAUGGCUACAGGUCAUGGGAAAAGUCUUUGCUACCAGUACCCGCCGUUGUAUACCGGUAAAACAACAGUGGUAAUAUCACCUCUUAUCUCGUUGAUGCAGGAUCAGGUGAUGAGACUCAAAGUGGCUAACAUUGAAGCCUGUUUUCUCGGGUCAGCUCAAAAAAAUAUGGCACAGAUCAAAACUGAGAUGAUGAGAGGGAAGUACCGUCUUGUAUACAUCACACCCGAGUUUGCAGAUGCUGCUACAGACGUCUUACACAAUCUAGACAGGGCUGUCGGCAUUGAUCUGAUCGCCAUAGACGAAGCCCACUGUGUCAGCCAGUGGGGCCACGACUUCCGUUCAGCCUACAGAUCCCUAGGGAAGUUACGUAACUCCUUCCCAAAGGUGCCCAUCAUGGCUCUGACAGCAACAGCCACUCCUGAAGUGAGACGAGACAUCUGUAAAAGUCUUAACCUCCGAAACCCAAUCCCAGUCUGCACAGGAUUUGACAGACCAAACCUGUAUUUUUCUGUGAGUGCCAAAAACAAUCCGAUUGAAGACAUCCGUUCCCAGAUGACAAAGAAGGGCUCGCGGUAUGAGUUUGAUGGUCCAACUAUAAUAUACUGUCCUACCAAGAAAACCACUAUGGAAGUAGCAGGCCAUGUGUCGGCCAUGCGAGUCCCAUGUUUACCGUAUCAUGCCGGUCUCCCACAGAAUGCCAGGGAUGAAGCUCACCACAAGUUUGUAAACGACAAGAUUCAGGUUGUAGUUGCUACGGUAGCGUUUGGUAUGGGGAUUGACAAGCCAGAUGUUCGUAAGGUCAUUCACUAUGGAGCACCUAAGGACAUUGAGUCUUAUUAUCAGGAAGUUGGUCGUGCUGGCAGGGAUGGAUUUCCAAGUCUGUGUCAUGUUUUCUUCUCCAACGGUGAUUUCAACACUAGCAGACAUUUUAUAAACGAUAUGAAAAAUCAAGGAUUCAAAGAACACAAGAUGAAGAUGCUCCACAAGAUGCAACAGUACCUGAGCAUUGUGGGGAAAUGUCGCCGCAGGCUUUUGCUGGGUCAUUUUGAAUCCAAAGACUUGGCUCACAUUGGUGGAACCCCAAACUGCUGUGACAACUGUAGGAAAAAGAUCAAAAUGAGCAAAACUUACUAUGACUCUAAGAACUGGACAAUGGCGGACAGCCUGGUGUCGGAUGAGGAAAGAGAGUAUGGAAAAGAGGCUCGAGACCUGUUUUCAGCCAUAGAGGUGCUCGGCAAUAGAUAUGGACUUAUGGCCCCUAUCAAGUUUUUAACGGGAUCUAUUGACAAAAAAGUCCAGCGUUUCUCUGAUCACAAAUACUUCGGAUCUGGAAAGUAUAAGAAGGUCAAGUGGUGGAGUGCCUUUGGAAAGGCUCUGAUCUUAGACGGAUAUCUGACAGAGCGACCAAUUGAAAAUGGCUUUGGGUCCGUUGUGGAAUUGGCUCAGAAAGGCAGGAAUUGGCUGUGGCAGAAUAAGAAUGCUACAAAUGUUUCGCUCAAGGUGACUCCCAGUGCCGAUUUGGUUGCUGAGGAGAAACCUGCAAUCAGCAUUUCUUUGAAACAAUCCAUUCCGAAGGCAACAUCCUUCCCAAGUCCAUCUUCUAGUCCAAGAAAGGUCAAUCUGGCCGAGUUUCAUCAUACACCGAAAGAUUCACCUCGCGUUAAACCAGAUGUGGAUCAGGAAACCAUCAGACUCCAGGCCAAGAUGGCUGCCCUACAGAAUGAACUUUACAAGGAGUUGGUAAAGAAGAGGAAUGAGAUCGCAGGAGAGACUGGAUACGCACCUUACUCUAUCGCCAGCAACAAGGCCCUUCUGGACAUGGCUAAUAUCAGACCAAGCACCAAAGACUCAAUGAUAAAAAUUGAGGACUUCCCGGAGGCCAAGGUGAAGAAAUUUGGUGACAUGUUCGUCAAAAUCAUCAUCUCAUUCUGUAAGGAACAUCCUGAUUGUAAAACAGACAAUUUCCCUGAGAUCGAUAUUGGAAAGGUGUCCUCUAUACUUGACCUUCGUCAGCUGACAGAGACUCAGAGAACGACCUUCAUCAUGUAUAGUCAGGACCAUGUGGAUGUUGAAGAAAUCGCAUCCAGACGAGGAUUCAAAAUCAACAACAUCAUAGGUCAUCUUUGUGAGGCGGUGAAAAUUGGCCAGCAUAUUGACAUGCAGAAAUUAGGAGUCAACUCUCGGAUAGAACAGCUGAUCACAAAAGCGAUCAGAGGUCCUCUAAAGUCAGACAUCAGUGGUCUGACGAAGAUCAAGGAUCUAUUACCAGAUCAUGUGGAAUACAACCACAUCAAAUUAGUAAUUGCCUCGUUGCUAUGGAAACAUGGACAAGAGGUGCUGCCAUCUGGGGAGCUAGUGUUGUUGGGUGGCACUGCUGAUGCCACUUCCUGUCUACAGACGGGAGCAACUGCCUCCUCAGCAAACAUUGAUCUAGUCCCCUCAUCAUCCAUGGAGGUUAUGGAUUCACAGGAUGCUUCUCAGAACUCGCAAAGUACGGAUGUAGAAUCUUCUGCGUCUUCUGGGACAAAAAGGAAACUUCCAUCUUGGAUGUCGUCCAAUAAACCAAUGAACAAGAAAAUGAAAUCUAACCGUCUCUUUCGGUAGUGUGUAAAGGAACAUCAAUUUUAUAAUGCUGCAUCAAAUGCUGUGUAAUAUUUGGCAUAGUGGGAUAAUUGUGUCAUGUGAAUUUUGAAAUGUGUGUGUGCUUUUAAGGAAUUCAAGCAAUUUACCUUUGUGCAGGUAAAUUUUUGUGUAAGGACAGAUUUAGACAGCUGUUGUUAUUCUUGAAGAAAUACGCAAAUUGUUUACAUAUGUAUAAUGGGUGAUAGGGAUAUGCAGAGUUCUGCUUGAUAAUUAUGUUGAAUUUAAUGACUGAUAGAGACUCCGAAAAAAAUUAUCUCUCAUUGCUUAUAAAUAAUCAAUGCUGUGACUGUGUGUUCAGUUAGAAGAGGACUGUGAUAAGUGGAUGAGGAGAAAUAUCUGCUCAUGCGAGUCAAAUGGGAUUUUUGCAGAGGACAGUGCAUUUAUAUAAAUACCCACUGUGUUCAUUGAAAAGUGCUGUAUGAAAUUACAAAUUGAUUUUCAGACUUAAAAAUUAAUUCUGCUCAAGAGGUUUGUCUGAGACAUCACUACCGCUUCCCACCUGUCCAUCUGUUGUAAUAUGGUUCUGUACACGACAUCUCAUACACCCCUCAACAGACUAAAUAUGUAUUUUCACAAUAGUAUGGUACACAUAGAGUUCUAACCCUAAUUAGAUUUUGGUUGUUAUCAGUGAAGGUUGAAGGGUCAAGGGUCACACUAGACUUCUUACGACAACCAUUUCUUGCUUGGGAAGGGUGGGUAUAUUUUAGAGAGCCCCCUGCUAAGUGCUUACUUUGUUUUUUAAAAAAAUCUUUGCUCAUUAUACUUUAAACAGUAAAAUAUUUCGGUAAUUAUUAACUUGAUGCAUGACUUAUUAAUGUUGGAUAUUUUGUUGGCAUUAAAUUUAAUAAUACUUUCCUAUACAGAAACUUCAGUUAAACAAUUUCCUUAAGUUAAGGAACGUUAGCAAACUUGUGAUAUCAAUAUAUGAUGGAAAGGCAGAAUGUAACCUACUAAAAUCAGGUUCCAUGACCCUUCAUAUGAAAUGAGUCUAAAGAAAUUUUCAUAUGAAAAGUGAUGGUCAUUUGUGAUCUGCAUCCAUUGUAUUCUUUUAUAUUUAGUUUGAUCUUUUAAAAAAAAUCCUUAAGUAAAAGGAAUAUCAUCAAACUAUAUGUAUAUAUCAUGAGAAGGCAGAGUGUCAGAUACAAUGUACUGAAACCUGGGCCGGUAUUCAUAGAACCGAUCUCAUGCUAAAGCAUGGAUUAUGUGCUCAAACCAACUUCCUUGUAACUCAAUUAAAUGAUGUCAAACGGUCAUAAAGUCAAAUGUUAACAUUGAAAACAGUUUUUGAUUCUAAGUAUUUCCAUUUUUUCCCCAAACCAUUCACAAAAUAAGAUUUAAUGAUUAUAUAUAACCGGAACAAGAAACUAGGAAACUAGGCUUGAGCAUGAAAAUGGUUUUAUGAAUACCGGCCCAGGUCUCCUGCCUCACUAUAUACAAUAAAGAUAAGUGAAUUUUUAUGUUACUUGUACGUGUGACGGGGGUUUAACGGUCUACACCUGUGCUAACCUUUUUUAUUUAGUUUGAUAAUUUGGACAUUUUUACUGAUUUCAGCUUUUUUGUUUUCUUUAUAUGUGCUUACAUAAAUAUGGAAUUAGUUCCUACUGUUAGCUUGAUGAUCAUUAAGGUGACGGUUACAAUAAGGAUUGAUUUAAUUAACAUUAGCUUGAUGAUCAUUAAGGUGACGGUUACAAUAAGGAUUGAAUUUAUUACUAGCAUUGUCACUGUUAUGAAAGGGUGAUGGCCUAUGCUAGUAAGUUAUCAAAAUUUGUGCCUUGUUUUUUUCAUAUAUUUUUUUUCAAAAAAUAAUGAUAUUUUGAAGGAAUUCUAAAUAAGUGAAAAAUAUCUGCAAAGGGAAAAUAUUGUUGCUUCAUUUUCUGUAUAAAAGGGAUAACCAUCCACGUUGGAAAAAUAGCUCUGAAAUGGAAUUCUUAUUCAUGUUGUAACUCUUGUAGCAUACCCUUUACCUAUAACCAUAGUAAGUCAAAUUACCAGAAAAAAAUGAGUCUUCCUAAAUUUCCAAAGACUUGUAUUUUGCUUCUUGUCUCAUGAUAAUUUUAAUGAAUUGAUAAAAAUUCAGUUUAUGUGUUCAUUGCAAUAUUUUGUUUUCAGCAUUACUGAACUUGUUGUUAAGCUUAAAGCUCUUUCACAUUCAUCAGUGUACAUUCAUUGUUCCAUUCCUUUAGGGAAGUCCUUAUUUUUAUCAAAGUUUGAUGAUGAAAUCAUUACCAAUAAAUAGAUUUGUGACAAUGACAAACUUACUUUGCUAUUUUGAA